GUCGACAUUUUCUAAUUAUUUGCAAGGAAGGUCGUUUGCUGAACUAUAUAUACUAGGGCUGAAACUGUACGAUAUCUCAGUCAGCACCUGCGAUUUAAAACCUCACCAACAAAAUGAACUCUUUGUUUGUCGCUAUUUUCGCUACCGUAGCAGUAGCAGCUAGUGCCAGUGGUAUUGGACCAAUAGGAGGUUGGGCUGCACCUGGUUGGGGUGCACCAGGCUGGGGCGCUGCCGGCUGGGGUGCUGGCGGCUGGGGCGCUGCUCCCCUUGGCUGGGGAUAUGGUGGACACGGAGCCGCCCUUGCCGUACCCGCUGUUAGAGUAGUUCAAGCUUCAGGAGUUGUUACAGGAGCUGGUGCUGCCGGACCAUCCGGCGUAGUUACUGGAGCAGGAGCUGCUGGUCCCUCAGGUAUUGUAACUGGUGCAGGAGCUGUUGGACCUACUGGACCUAAUGGUAGAGGUGUAGCUAUCGCCGCUGCCCCUGUAGCUGUCGCUGCUCCCGCUCUAGCUGCUCCAGUACUUGCCGCACGUGCACUUGCUGGUCACGGUGCCGUAAAUGCUGGCCCUGCCGCAAUAGGAGUUCUAGGUGCACCAGCUCUCGGUUGGGGACAUGGAGGUUUCGCUAGAGGGCUAGGUUGGGGAGCCGCUGGAUUGAGAGGUCACUGGUGAACUUCAGUUACCGUGUAGGAUUUUCCAAUUGUGAUUUUCAAACUGCCAUGAUUUAUGUGUUUAUUUAUUUAAUCAAAUGCUCAAUUAAACAAUAUGAAUACGAUAA